AGCGCCACCCUGGGUAAGGAAACCUUAUUGAAUGUCUGUGGACUUUUCAUUGACGACACCCCAAAAACCCCAGUCAACCCCAUCAUCCCGAUCCGAAUCUCGAGAACAUCGUGACUACUUUCAGCUAACCCAGAGGCAUUCAUCUACCUUGAUCCUCCUCCAUUUUUCAGCUUUCCUUUUCCCCUCCUUCUUUCUUUUUUUAAAUCCAAGCUUUCCAAGUGUGCUUCCACUCAUAUUUGGCCUUACACUGCCUGCCACUGUCCUUUGCGUUUUGUCAAUGUCGUUUAAAGUUCGUCUAUGAGAUCAAGAUAACUUCACACGGCCAUACCUUUCUUUGUAUUCCACCGAGCUAUACUAUACACCACGUAUCUACAACUUACGCACGAAAAACUCACAACCUCCCUCGCAACGUCAGUGAUAGAGCAGUGGCGGAACACGACUCCUCUUUGUUGUGACGAGAAAUCUUUCCAAGAGUCAUUCUGCCAGCACAAACUCGGCUCCGGCCUCGACAUAGGGCAAGAGCCGCUCAAGUUCCCCUCUUGUAUAAAAAGUAACUUUUCGGGAACUCUUCAGCCCAUCAUCAACUAUCCUCCUCAACGCAGAGAGAUUACGCGAACAACCCUAAUCCCUCUCUCUAUUUCUCGUGGUGCCCGGCUAUAAAUCCCCUUGGAUAGCCUUUGUGCUGCUGCGUGGCCACUUUUACCUCUGGCAACGAACAAAGCGUUGUUAAACUCUUGCAUCCACUCCAGAUUAUGUCAAUGGAGGGUGCUAGUUUCUCUUCACGGCGUCCCGCCGCAGGCGCCCUGCCUGCCAUGACUCUGCCGCCACCGACAGCAGAUGUUCCAAGUAUGGCCAAAUACCCCUUCUACCCUUCUUUCACAGGUAACUCGUCAGAGUCCUUUCAGUGCUCCCGGGAGGGCGAGUCGGUUGGGUAUCCAUAUCCGCCAUCUUACUCUCCCCUUCCUGGUCCCUUUCCAGAUCGCCGCAUUUCGUCUUCGCCCAGUAUUCUGACCCCUUCGCCAGGAGCCAGUGAUGGCCUGAGCCCCAGUCUUUCUAGCGUCAAUACCGGGAGUUCCCAAGGUUCUCAAGCACCAGGCAACAUGUAUCAAUAUGCACAACUUCCCGCGGCAUGGGCUACACCAAGCAAUUCUUCGUACACCGUCAGCUCCGCGACCCAGGCUCAGCCAGCCCUUGGCCAACAGCACUUCGCUGGACGAAACCACUCCAUCUACAACCAAGGUCCCGGAAUGCAUCAAUAUAAUCACCCUCGAAGUUCUCAGUCGCCGGCUACUGGAGGUGACGGACUCCCAGCACCCCCUUACGAUCAAGUGCAUCAGCCUUUCCAGACUGCGGUCUCUGGCGGAGGUGGCCAGACCACUCCACCAGGCCUCUCGACAUCGCAGCAGACCCAGGGUGCAAUUUUGACUUCGCAAAGCUCGGUAGCAACGCAACCUCCUACUCCUUCGAGCGUGUCGGCACACGUCGAUUCAUAUACGCACUCGAGGCCCCCCAGCACACCGAACUACUAUACAUCAUCUGCAUCUCAGCCGUCUAGCUAUCCACCAUAUGGCCACCAGCCUUCGCCGACCCAGCAUUCCUCUUCUAACGGCGGCCCUGUACCUAGGGGCCUUGGAUCGAUCUCAGGCCAGCCGCAUGGUGCUGGCAUGGCACCCCCUGGUCCCUAUCGAUCAUAUGCCCCUUAUCAAACCCUCCCUACCAUGGGGGGAUCAGUCUUGUCGAAUAUUCACCAGCCUGGAAGCCAAAUGUCAAUGAUCCCAGGUAUGCCCGUAACUGCAUAUGGGCAUCCCAUGCUAUACGGAGGUCAAGGCCAGCCCCCACCAACACAGUCAGAGCGGCCUUUCAAGUGCGACCAAUGCGUUCAGUCGUUCAGUCGAAACCACGAUCUCAAGAGACACAAGCGGAUUCAUCUGGCAGUCAAGCCUUUUCCUUGUACUUACUGUAGUAAAAGCUUUUCCAGAAAGGAUGCUCUGAAGAGACACCGGCUUGUCAAGGGUUGCGAAAGCAAGGCCAACGAGAACCCCGGUGAUGGUAACGGAGCAGAUCGCAGUGGAGAGGAGAACGAUAGCCCCGAAGUCAAGAGGGAACAGUGAAACCGUAUCGCAAGGAGUUAUUGUUUUAAUGCGCGAUACCCAUGUUUCGAGACGACGACAACUUCACCAUCUGGUUUCAAGAGAGCAACAAUCUGGGUAUCAUAAAGACAGACGACUAUCCUGGACGCCUGUUUCGAGGCACAUAUCUCUAUCAUUCGUUCUGGCAUUUGAACAAAUUCCCAUAUAAUAUUUAUCAUAUAAUGUCUGCCAGGUUUGUCAUGGGAAAAUAGGCGCUGCAGGGUCUGGAAAGAUUGGAAUAUCGGCGUCAAGGCAUGCGGAAUGGAGCUCAGGUGAAGGCAGAUUUUAUCGACGGGUCUUCAUUGGUGUGUUUAUACGACAAAAUAUGGCAUUAACAAGGCGGGCUUGGGACGGGACUUUUACCAGGACAACGGAAUUAGGCUUUCAAGAGGAUGGAAACGUGUAUCGGUAUGACGGUUGUGCGAAGCAUGUGUAUAUAUUUGGGCCAAAUGGCGUUAUGCCCUUGACAGGGCGGUCUCUUGAUGGGAUGCGUAGAACAACUGUUUCUGAUUCAACACGUACAUCAUGAAGAGCUUCUCUGAGACAUUUGAUGCGAACUGUGGUGUCUUCAUAUGAUCGUGCAAAAAAGCGAAGCACCACGAUGGUGGGUAACCUGGCAAGCAG